CUUGGUUCUCCCGCUGAAACAAGUUAAGCUCCUCUCCCCAGCUACUGGUUGUAAGAAAGUUUGCAGAAAGGAUUUGCCACACAUCCCCUGAAAUCUGACAAAAAUGAGAAGACCUGGUGCGAGAUGCAAGGAGGAACAUGCACAUUUCAACAGAAACCACGUAGAUGGGCCAGAUAUGAAUUUCUUCAAGGUUAUGAUUGGUCACUUUCGUGAGAGAAUGACCAUACCAGAUGAGUUUCAGCAGUAUUUCAGGGGCAAAAUACCAAGAACUAUAAAGCUGCGAUCACGCAGCGGUUGCACUUUUGAUGCUGAAGUCACCAAGAAUCUGAGCAAAUUAUCCCUUCAAUCAGGGUGGAAGGCAUUUGCAACUGCUCAUGACUUGCAAAUGGGGGAUUUCCUCGUAUUCACUUAUGAAGAAGGGAUCUCCGAACUGAAGUUUCUUAUCUUUGGCCCAAGUGGCUGUGAGAAAGUGCCUUCAUGCAGUUUGCAUGAUCAUUCUCCAAGCAAUUCUCAGACACAGUGGGGUAGCUCAAAGCAAGAAAACAACAUCGCAAAUAUCGAAGAUGCUGCAUUGCAAGGAGAUGACUUCCAAGUUCAUCCUCUUCCGGGUUGCAUCAUCCCAAAGCGCACACGUCUUACUGAUGCGCAGAAGCAGCAGCUGGAAAACAAAGUUCAGGCUAUCCAUUCUGAAAUCCCCAUCUAUGGGUGCAUCCUGAGGAAGACUAGUAUCCAAGGAAAACCUCAAACUGUGGACAUAUGUCCAGAAUAUGCUGAUGUGUAUCUUCCAUCCAACAAGAGGCUGAACAUUCGACUUCAACGUCAUGGCAAGAACUGGGAUGUGCAAUGCCGCACUAAUAAGAUAGGAAGUAAAAGGCUCUCGAAAGGGUGGAUUUGUUUUGCACGUGACAACAACUUGCAUGUGGGAGACAUCUGCCUCUUUGAGCUUCUCAACAACAAGGAAUGCACAACUAUGAAUGUUCAUGUCAUUCCUGAAAAGUGAAGAAAAAAAAUUGAUCUUGCGCUAACGGUGCUGACUUUUGCAGUGUUCUGCAGAUAAACCCCAUGUUCUUGCAGGUAAAAAAUGGCCAGAACAUCUUUUUUUUCUUUUAUGUUCUUCUGGGAGCUUGUGGCGCCCUUUGUUUUCUCUUUUAUCCUCUAGGGUGCCCAGCCCUAUCCUGUGUAUUAUAUUCAUCUCAUCUGGGCAUUAUAGAAAUCUAUCCAUCGCCAGGUUGGUUUGUUUGCAAAG